AUGGUAUUUGCUCCCAAGACCAGCAAUAGCAAUUCCGAAAACUGCUCUGGCAAAUGUCUACCGAAUGCAACCCCAUGUCUUAGUUACUGGCAACGGACUACUCGACCAUUCCCACUUCUAUACGCCAGUCGAGAAGAGAAAGUAGUUUCCUCCAGGCUUACAAUAUCUGGCAUUAACUGGAAGGAUGUCAUCAUACUCGAAGCACGGAAGGCCGAGAGUGGUGCAGGCUCGCAAAACAUCGGUCACAUACGGCCAGGUCUAGAUCCUACUAUCCUCAACUUUCCUCCAGAUGCACUCCGAGGCUUUACUGCUUAUUCAAAAACUCAUGGUAAGGAACAAGCUCUUAUAAUCAUCGCCAACGAACGCCUUCUUCUCUAA